AAAACACUUCAAUGGCAUAAGAACUAGCAUCAUGCUUUGCGCCACUAAAAUCAAGCACCCUCAUCUCUUCCUCCCCAAAUUCAAAUUUAAACCAUUCACAACUUCUUCCCAUCUUCAUCAAUGGUCAGGUCUACAACAAUGGAGAGAGAGUUCAAUUAACCAAGACCGCGCCUGGGGCUCUAGUGGCCCCGAACCACCAUUGAAGCCUGACCAAGUCGAAAUCCCAAGUGGGUCAGGUUCAUCUUUAGCUGAGCUUGGUGCUAUGGUUCUCUCCACUAGUGACCCAAUUGCAAAAUCCCAGCUUUCCCACUUUGCUUAUUCUAAAUGGCGUUCUGAGAAGCUCCCCAUUGGGGUUUUCGACCCGCCUUCUCGCCCUGCACGGCCGUGUAAGCCCCAGUUGGUACCUCCUAAGUAUAUUCCAACUCCUAAGGAUUCCGGGUUGCCGCUCAAUGCAUAUAUGCUUCAUAACCUUGCUCAUGUAGAGUUAAAUGCCAUUGACUUAGCUUGGGAUACUGUCGUCCGUUUUUCUCCAUACGAGGAGAUUCUCGGAGAGGGGUUCUUUGUUGAUUUUGCUCAUGUUGCUGAUGAUGAGAGUCGACAUUUUGCUUGGUGUUCACAAAGAUUAUCUGAACUUGGUUUCAGCUAUGGAGAUAUGCCUGCUCAUAAUCUGCUAUGGAGAGAGUGUCAGAAGUCAUCUAAUGAUGUAGCUGCACGUUUGGCUGCAAUCCCACUUGUCCAGGAGGCCAGGGGACUUGAUGCAGGACCGCGACUUGUGAAAAAGUUGAUUGGAUUUGGAGAUAAACAAACUUCAAGAAUAGUAGCUCAAAUCGCUGAUGAAGAAGUUGCUCAUGUUGCUGUUGGAGUAUAUUGGUUCUUCUCUGUUUGUCAAAAGAUGGGGCGAGUCCCUUGUUACACUUUCAAAGAUCUGCUAAAGGAUUAUGAUAUAGAAGUUAAAGGACCCUUCAAUUAUUCAGCUCGAGAUGAGGCUGGCCUGCCCCGCCAUUGGUAUGAUGCAUCAUCAACUGACGAUCAAAGCAAAGAGCAGCUUUCCGAGGUAUAUGAAAGACUUGCUCAUAUAAUUGAGAUGGAGAAGGAAAAUGCCAAUUCAAGCAGCCACCCUAGGUGAUUGUAGAAGAAAUGGUCACAGAAUCACAGCUUGUGGAACUUCUCCACCCCGUUUUUCUUCUAAGCUAACUUGUGACUGUCAUUUGACUAAUUCUUAUAACACCAUGUCACCUAUGAUCUAAAAAGUUAUAUUUUGUGUUCUAACUUGUAAAGAUUAACCUGUUUCCCUCUUUUAAGACAAUUGCAUGCAGGAUCUACUCCACGAGAAGUGGCAUGAACGUAGAUGAUAUAUUGAGAUAUUAUGACAUAUUGGUGAA